AUGUCGGACAAUACAAACGAGAAGAUGGCAACCACAUCUGCUGACUCCGCUGGCUCCGCUCGCACCGACACUCCGCCACCGGGGAUCGUUGGGGAAGAGGUCAAGCCCUUGGGCAAACCGUGGAUGUAUAAGAGACUCAAACUUGGUCCUGUCACUCUCCCUGCAUAUGCCAGUCCCGAGUUCCAGAUCGUUUUCGUCGCGUUCGUCUGCUUCCUAUGCCCUGGCAUGUUCAAUGCGGUCAACGGCCUCGGUGCUGCCGGUCUAGUCAGCGCCCAUGAUAUCAACAACGCCAACACAGCUCUUUACUCGACCUUUGCGAGUGUCGGGUUCUUUGCAGGCAGUAUCGCAAACAGAAUUGGUCUCCGCUUGACUUUGGGUUUUGGAGGGUUUGGAUACACUCUCUACAUCGCCUCGAUCUUGUCGUACAACCACAACCAAAAUACCGGUUUCCUCUAUUUCGCAGCUGCCCUGCUGGGUAUCUGCGCCGGUCUGCUUUGGACCGCCCAAGGCGCGAUCAUGAUGUCCUAUCCUCCUGAACAGUCCAAGGGCCGGUACAUUGCCGUCUUCUGGAUGAUCUUCAAUCUCGGCGCCGUUAUUGGCGGCUUGGUGCCUUUGGGAGAGAACAUCCAUUCCAAGAGCAAUUCGGUCAAUGAUGGGACUUACAUUGCCUUCAUCGUCCUCAUGGCUGCUGGCUUCAUUCUUGCAGGUUUCCUGUGCAACCCGCUUCUCGUCCAGCGGUCUGACGGGUCCCGUAUCAUCUUGAUGAAACAUCCAACCUGGAAAUCCGAGAUUUUUGGCCUUUUCGAGACCCUCCGCUCAGACUGGUACAUUCUCUUCCUGUUCCCUAUGUUCUUCGCCAGCAACUGGUUCUAUACCUACCACUUCCAAGAUGUCAAUCUGGCCAAAUUCAACAUCCGAACUCGUGCCCUCAACAGCGUCUUGUACUACAUCAGCCAAAUAAUCGGCGCAUGGGUCUUCGGUUUUGGUCUCGACACCACAUACUUCCGUCGCUCUACACGCGCCAAAAUGGCCGUCGGUAGCCUGUUUGUGCUCACCUUCGUCAUCUGGGGCGGUGGCUACGCCUUUCAGAAGCAGUAUAAUCGUGCAGAGGUAUCUGCCGACGGCUACGUCAAACUCGACUGGACCGACUCCGGCUAUAUUGGUCCUAUGUUCCUCUUUAUGUUCUACGGAUUCUACGAUUCGGUGUGGCAGACCACCUCAUACUGGCUCAUGGGCUCGCUGACCAACAACGGUCGCAAGCUUGCCAACUUCACUGGCUUCUACAAAGGCAUUCAAUCUGCCGGUGCCGUCAUCUCCCCUGUCCUAGACUCAAACUAUGUGGCCUACAUGACCCAGUUCGCUGUCAACUGGGGUAUGCUUGCUGGCUCACUGGUUGUCGCCGCUCCCGUCAUCUGGCUCAAGGUCCAAGAUACAGUAAAUAUCGAGGAGGACUUGAAGUUCACCGACGAAACCUUGGCUGACGUUGCCCCGCCAAGUGCGAUCGUAGGUGCAGAAGGAAUGAUGAGCGAAAAGGUCGCGUCGGGGGUUGUUCACUAG